AUCAGUAUUAAAAAUCCCUGUUAGCUGACUUCGAUACCGAUAGCUUUAAUCGAAUCCAAAUUUCCCACAUUUAAAACUAUGAAAUUUUUGUAAGUUAUCAUGGAGACGCCACCAACGCCCACCACGACCACCCCGUCAUCAUCGACAACUGAGGGCACCAUGGACGACAUCCAGUACCUGCUGCACCUAGAGGCGAUUCGCCGUUUCCAGGAAGACAGCCGCAAUGUAAAGCGCCAGAUGGAGGAGCAACUGCACAUUUGGCUUGACACCAAGUGUGAGUAUCAGCGGGAAUUUGGGCGGAUGGCGAGGAUCCUUAGGUGCGGAGCGUUGCAAGCGGCCGUGGAUGCCCAUCGUGGAUCUGAUGUCAAACAAAUUGAGCAGGCGGCCAAAGAUAUCGCUAGUCUGCUAUCCAAACUAAGCAAUGAUCUGCGUCCCGCUAUUUUGGACUCUAACGAUGUGGAGCACGGCCUGGAUCAGCUGAACAGCAGCCACAAACCGCGCUUAAAUCUCUGCCGGCAGCAACGAGAGUGCGCCCAGAACCAGGAAGCUCUAAGGAGUUUGCGUACCGCAGUCGAUGGUUUAGAGAAUGGUAUGGAAAUGGGCAUGGCACAGGCAAUAAAUCGCCUUGUGGAGGACCUCCUCCCACCGCGGGAAAAAGAACAACUACCCGGUCGUCUCAAAAGUAUAUUUGAUUGUGCGAUAUAAACUAGUUUAUAAUAAUAAAAACAGAGACUUGCGAAUGAAAA